CAGGUUCCGUAAUGCUGAGAAAUUCGUAUGACAGCUGGCUUGACCGCAGUCAUUUCACUCUACUUUAUGUUUAAUUUUGUGAUUUGUUCAGCGUGAUCUGAUCCCUGAUUUAUUCUGUUUUCUUUUUGUCAAUUACUGCUCCUUUUUGUUGACUACUUCUUCAUUUUUUUCUGUUUAUGUACUGUAUGUACCUUGAGUAUUGUAAAUAAAGUGUUUUUUUUUUUAAAAAACGGAACAAACGCGGCGGUGGUGUCUUUAAAUUUGAGGCCCCGCCUCCUCCGUAAAGUCGCGUCAUCACAACAAACUCAAACCAACAUGGCGGCGGCUCUGGCCGUCUCUGCGCUCCUCGCGGCGCUUUUAGCGGCGCUUUCCCUCUCCGUCUCGGGCGGGAUGUUCCCGGCCGCGUGCCUGACGGUUCCCGCCGUCCUGCUGCCGCUGUGGGUCCGGCGGCUGCGGCGGCGGGACGCCGGGACGGAGCGGCGGGUGUGCGUGCUGGUCCUCGGGGACGUGGGAAGGAGCCCCCGCAUGCAGUAUCACGCCCUGUCGCUGAGCAGACACGGAUACCGGGUUUCCUUCGUGGGGUUUUUAGACAGCAAACCUCAUCCGGACGUGAUGACGGAGGAGAAGAUCCGGAUCGUCUCCAUCUCUGAAGUGAAGGCUGCUGCAGGACCCCGGCUCCUGUCGUACGCGGUGAAGGUGGUGCUGCAGUCAGUGCAGCUGCUGCUGGUGCUGCUGAGGAUGGAGCUGCAGGCCCACGUCCUGAUGCAGAAUCCUCCGGGGCUGCCUGGGAUCGCAGUGGCGUGGCUGGUCUGUGUCCUCCGCGGCAGCAACUUCAUCAUCGACUGGCACAACUAUGGUUACACCAUCAUGGCUCUGAGCCACGGGGCGGGGCAUCCGGUGGUCCGCCUGGCAAAGUGGUACGAGCAUUUUUUCGGGCCUCUGGCGACCCAUCACCUCUGCGUCACCAACGCCAUGAAGGACGACCUCCAGAGAAACUGGGGGGUCAGGGCGAGGACGCUGUACGACCGGCCCGCCUCCAUCUUCAGGGAGACUCCUCUGCAGCAGCAGCACCAGCUCUUCCUCCGGCUGGCCCAAACUCAUCCUCAGUUCCAGGGGUCCGAGGAGGAGAGCUCCGUCUUCACCGUUCGAGAGGCAGCAGGCGGCGCCGUGAGUCUGAGGACGAAGCGGCCGGCGCUCCUGCUGAGCAGCACCAGCUGGACAGAGGAUGAGGACUUCUCCAUCUUGCUGAAGGCUCUGGAAGAAUAUGAAGGUUUCAUCGAAGGCGGAGCCUCGCUGCCGGAUUUGGUCUGCGUCAUCACAGGUAAAGGCCCUCAGAAGGAACACUACAGGAAGCUGAUCGACUCUCUGCGUCUGCAGCACGUGAAGAUCUGCACGCCCUGGCUGGAGGCGGAGGACUACCCGCUGCUGCUAGGCUCGGCUGAUCUGGGAGUCUGUCUCCACAAGUCGUCCAGCGGCCUGGAUCUGCCCAUGAAGGUGGUGGACAUGUUCGGAUGCUGCCUGCCCGUCUGCGCCAUCCACUUCCGCUGCCUGCAUGAGCUGGUGAAGCACGAGGAGAACGGCCUGAUCUUCAGAGACUCUGCAGAGCUCGCCGAGCAGCUGAAGUCUCUCCUGUCGGAGUUUCCUCGUCCCGACGGCAGACUGGGAGCCUUCAGGAGGAACCUUCGGACCAGCAGGGGGCAGCGCUGGGACGAGAACUGGGACCAGAAUGUUCUGCCACUGAUCUCUAACCAGGGAUGAGCUGGAGCUGCUGCAGAGCUGGAAAUGACAUCGCUCCACACUGCCCCCGGUGGUCAGCGCUGGUGCUGCCCUGUGGAGCCGCCGGCGCUGCGGGGCAGGUAGUUAAAGGAAAGGGGAGCAGAACCUUCCCGAUGAAGGCGGACUUGAACCCUCAGAGACUCCAAGAGUUCGGACGCCUCUGUUCAUUCCUGGGUGUAAAUAGAAACAGUUGAAACCAGUUUGUGAAUAAAUUCUUUAUUUGUCACCUGAA